UUAUCUUCUCCCCGAUUCCUCCUCCGAAAGCAUCGCCACGCGCAUCUCCUUUUUCACUCCUCUCUUUGCACCCGCCCCGCCGUCGCCGUGCCUAGAGUAAAACCCCAUCCUCAAAAUCCAAUCUUUUCCAUGGAUGUUUAAUCCGAGUUCCAUUUUUUUUUUUUUGGCCCCCCUUGCUUCCUUCGAUUGCCGCCGUGGUGAUGAUGACGACGAUUAUCAAUCUCUUCUGCGUCUUCAUCUGCACUGCGGCGUCGCUUUUCCUGCUCCGUCUUCUUUUCCGGAAGACGGGUCCUUUCCAUCUCGUGAAGCGAUGGUGGAGAUCGACCCAGGAUUGGUUCUACGUCUACCAGGUCCUCAAAGUCCCCGAGUCCAACGACGCCAUGCAAGAGAACCCCCUCUAUCGCAGAGUCUCCGCCUACCUCAACUCUCUCCCUUCCUUGGAGGAGUCCGAUUUCACCAACCUCUUCUCCGGCAAGAAGCCCAACGACAUCCUCCUCCACCUCGACGCGAAUCAGACCAUCGAGGACGUCUUCCUGGGCGCCAGGCUCUCCUGGACCAACGACCAGAGAGGCGAUCGGAGGGCCUUCGUUUUGAGGAUCAGAAGGGCCGAUAAAAGAAGCAUCUUGCGCCCGUACCUCCAGCACAUCCACGCCGUGUCCGACGAGAUCGACCGGAAAAAACGAGACUUGAAGCUCCACAUAAACGUCGACGAGGUCGUCAACGACAGGGGGUCGGGGAGAUGGAGAUCCGUCCCGUUCACGCACCCUUCGACUCUGGACACCAUCGCCAUGGAGCCCGACCUCAAGGACAAGGUGAAGUCCGAUCUCGAUUCCUUCCUCAAAGCCAAGCAAUAUUAUCACCGUCUAGGCCGCGUUUGGAAACGGAGCUUCCUCUUGUACGGGCCUUCCGGUACCGGGAAAUCGAGCUUCGUGGCUGCCAUGGCUAAUUUUCUAUGCUACGAUGUCUACGACGUCGAUCUGUCCAAGGUGAAGGACGACUCGGAUCUCAAGACGCUCUUGAUGGAAACCAACGCCAAGUCCGUGGUCGUCAUGGAAGACCUGGACCGGUUUUUGGCGCACAAUUCGACAGCUCUGAGUGUGUCUGGCAUAUUGAAUUUCAUGGAUGGCAUAUUGAGUUCGUGCUGCGCCGAGGAGAGAAUCAUGGUGUUCACGAUGAACAGUAAGGAACACGUCGAUCCUGCUAUACUGAGGCCGGGUCGCGUCGAUGUUCACAUACACUUCCCGCUGUGCGAUUUUUCGGCAUUCAAGACCUUAGCUAAUAGUUACUUAGGGGUCAAGGAUCACAAGCUUUUCCCUCAGGUGGAAGAGAUUUUCCAGGGUGGAGCCAGUUUGAGCCCUGCCGAGAUUGGUGAGCUGAUGAUCGUGAACAGGAAUUCCCCAAGCCGCGCUCUCAAGUCGGUCAUCACCGCCUUACAGACCGACGGCACUGUCAAAAUUGGACGGCGGAUAUCCACAGACGGGUCGAGGAAGCCGGGGGACGGAUCGCCCGAUUCAAGUGGCGUGUUCCUCAAGGAUAGCAGCGCGAUGAAAGAUCUGAGGAAACUGUAUGGCCUGCUGAGGAUGAAAAGCACCAGAAAGUCUCCAUCUUUCGACGAGGCUUCAGGGCAAAAGGAUGGAUGAAACAAUUCUUUUCAGGACAAAAACGAUUUCAUUCUUUGUUUGUAAUGGGCCGCAAUAACGAUGGAUCUCCUAGUCCAUGUUCCUGCAAGGGGACUCAAGGAAAUCGCUGGCCAGAGAGUUCUGGGAAACCCAGAGCUCUCGAAGGGAGCCGAGAAUACAGUUGAGAAGCUGCUUCUUCCAUUCUCCCAACGCAUGCAGUUACUGAUCCAUUACACGAAGUUCAAUUAGGAGCUUUCUUGCUUUUACAACAGAAAAUCAACCUUUCAUAUGGCUCUCUGUCUUUUGGGUUUUUGCCCCCCCUUUCUCCUUUGCGCCUUUGAAUUGUUUGGAGGAUUCUUUGGUUGGGUCAGUUCACUUUGUGACUUGUCCUUAGGGGGCAUGUAAAUACAGGACCAUACAAUUGCACAGUUGUUUCAUUCUUAAAUACAGCUUUGGAUUUGAUGUUGCAGCUUGAGGGAAAAAAAAAAAAAAGAGUUAGAAUAUGAGGACAGAAUCGAAAGCAGUUGGCAGGCGGCACUCUGUAAAAGUGGCAAACGAGUGAAGGUGUCAUCCUUGACCCCCCCUUUUUUUUUUUCAUUUAGAGGAAAAGACAACAGACGAAGAAUCAAAACAGAGCUUAGUUUACGUUAACCGGGUUCAUAAAUAAUUUCUAGAGGGAGAAGCGGAUCUGGUAAUCAGUAGUAAAUUAAGAGUCACGUGGUGUGGUGUGGUGGGAGUGAAGAGUCUGUGCAAAUGGAAAAGAAAAAGAAGAGAUCAGUAUCGUCCGUCAUUUUUAUAAUGAAGCAGCAGAUGUUUUGGGGAAUCGAAUUAUGAU